AUGCUCUGGGUUGAUGCUCUGUGCAUUGACCAGAACAAUAUCAAGGAGCGCGGCCAUCAAGUCAACCGCAUGGGUGAGAUCUAUGGGAAAGCCGACAAAGUGAUCAUCUGGCUUGGCUAUCUGAGUGGCAAUGCCGCAAAGCUAAAAUCCGCCAUCACCCUGUUCGAAGAUCGAGUUGAGAAUCUACCGGGAAUCCCUCGGAAAUGGCCGCGCGAAGAUCCCCGAUGGAAGUCUCGGUGGAAGCAGGUUGAAGCGGACCUCGGACCAUCUUGCCAUGAUGAAUUAGUCGAUGGCCUCCAAAGUUUCAUGGAAAAACCCUGGUUUUCGAGAGUCUGGAUUUUGCAGGAAGUGGCCAAUGCGAAAAGAACCACCGUGAAGUGUAAUCUGGGGGAAAUACCUGGCAAGAUAUUUGCCUUACUUCCUAUUGUUAUGGACGUUACAGUCACUGAACAGUGUCAAGCUGUCCUGGAUAUAAUGCCUGAUCCAUCAAAACCCUCGACAUCACGAAAACAAGAUCGAAACCUCUGCAACUUGCUGUGGAAGUUCAGAGGGUGCAAAGCUACGGAUCCAAGGGAUAGGAUCUAUGCAUUGAUUGGGAUGGCAUCUGAUAUAGAAACCGUCGGUAUCCAAGCUGAUUAUUCCAAGGAAGAGAAGGUGGUUAUUCGAGAGUUUUGUGAACAUCUUCUGGGCCAGGGUUGGGCCGUCAGUCUACCAGCUUCAACCAUUGAAGAACUACAGUCGAAACUUCCAUCUGUGUCUAAAGAGCUUCUCAUGCAGAAACUUGAGAAAGAAAGCUCGGUAGAUUCUUUAAAGCAAUUUAUUCGCCGGCAAGGCCCGAUAUCGGCUCUCGAUAUUUCGGCAGUGUUGGAAAUCAUGCAGUAUGGAAGUGAGAUCAUGAGUCAAUUUCUUGAUCAGUGUGAAGAGACAGUUUCGGUUCACCCAGAGACUGCAUUGAGGUGCCUUCAGAAGUACCCGAAUGUCCUCGAGGUACUUCUCCAGAAGCCGGAUCUCAUCAUUGAAGACAUGCCGAAGUUUAUCGCUCAAGCGAUGGAGCACCGCCCAGAAUUUCUAGAACGACUCCUCGGAUCAUCCUCCGAGUCAGAUCAGCUAAGGGAUGAUGCAUUAAUGGAAGCAAUUUCAAGAGGUAUGCCUUCAUGUCAACCAUUUCUCAACCAAUGUCGUCAUAGUGUCAAAAUAACGCAAAAGAUGUUGAGGAGGGCUGUAUUUGUUAGCUCUCGCCGCCGAGGAGUCCUUGAGCUUCUUCUUGAGGUUGCUGAGUCUCCGGUCCCUUUGUUUGAAAAUAUCUUUCUCGAAGCGACUCUUGACGAACCUAAAGGAGUUCGAUUCGUCAAUAAAAAGGGACAGCCUGCCCUGGCAACGAAAGAACUGAUUAGUGAUGGUAUAGACGAGGGAGAGGAAGUUCUUCGGUUCUAUCUUGACAACAUGAAACAACCAAUCGAGCUAGAAGAAAAACUUUUUCUUAAAGCUAUCGAGAAAGUCCCGAAACGACUUCAGUCCCUGUUAGAGAGGAGUAUUCAGCCUUUCAAUGUGACAGAGAAGGUAUACGAAGAAGCCUUCAGAGCCGGGAGUAAAGUAUUCAAGCUUAUUUUCCGUGAUUGGGCAUCACGUCCAAGAAUCACGGAAAGGAUCGUAGAGUUGGGAAUCUUAUGCGGAUCGGGUUAUAUCGAAAUCUUUAAGCAAGAUUUCCUAGGAAAACUUCAGAUUACCGAUCAGAUAAUCAGUGCGGCCAGAGACAAAAAGACUCUGGAGAUGCUAUUGGAAAUACGGAAAGCGGAGGAAGAUGUCCGGGAAGAUGCCGCAGUAACAGCCAUUGAAACUGGACCUAAAGCUUUCGAUGCGCUUUAUAAUCAAGCAGGUACUAACUUUAAAGUCACGGCACAAAUCGUCAAGGCAGCGAAGAGACAGGGCUAUGCUUUUCACAUGUUGAUAGAAGGACGCCAAAGUGAAGUUGACGCUGUAUUUUUGGCAAAGAAAAAGGACACAGACAGCCCACAGGUACCCUGA